UAAUUUUCGUUUCGGGUCGGUGCCACUUGCAACAGCCUGUGUUUGCUAGCAUCUGUCGCUCUCCGAGAGCUGAGAUCGUCGUCGUCGAGAUCUGAGCGAUCUGGAGAAGGGAGGUUUGGGAGGAAUAGCACUCGCAUAACGUGGAUCGAAGAUGAGCGUCAUCGACAUCCUCACGCGCGUCGACGCUAUCUGCAAGAAGUACGAAAAGUACGACGUCGAGAGGCUCAACGGGGACAACGUCGCCGGUGAUGACGCCUUUGCUCGCCUCUACGCCUCAGUCGACUUAGACGUAGAGUCCGCCCUCCAGAAAGCGGAGACGGCGUCCCAGGAGAAAAAUCGGGCAGCGGUAGUGGCUCUGAAUGCGGAGAUUCGGCGGACCAAGGCUCGUUUGUUGGAGGAGGUCCCGAAGCUGCAGAGGUUGGCCCUCAAGAAGGUAAAAGGCCUCUCCAAAGAAGAACUUUCCACACGUAAUGAUUUGGUACUUGCACUGCCAGACAGAAUUCAGUCUAUUCCAGAUGGCAGUACAAAUGGAGCAAAAGCAACUGGUAGCUGGACAGCAUCAGCUUCUCGCACAGAAAUUAGAUUUGAUUCUACAUCAGAUGGAAGAUUUGAGAGUGAGUAUUUUCAGCAGACUGAAGAAUCAAACCAAUUUAGGCAAGAGUAUGAGAUGCGCAAAAUGAAACAGGAUCAAGGCUUAGACAUUAUAUCUGAAGGUCUGGAUACACUGCAAAAUAUGGCUCAUGAUAUGAAUGAGGAACUUGACAGGCAAGUCCCUUUAAUGGAUGAAAUUGACAGUAAGGUGGACAAGGCUACUUCAGACCUGAAAAACACUAAUGUUAGACUCAAGGAAACUGUUAAUCAGCUACGAUCCAGUCGCAACUUUUGCAUUGACAUCAUUUUGUUAUGCAUUAUUCUUGGUAUUGCAGCUUACCUGUACAAUGUGUUGAAGAAGUGAAAGUGGCGCACCAUCCAUUUUCCAGUUUAUACUGAUGCAAUAUAUCGUAAGUGCGCACGCUGUCUCUGCUUUAUUCAGUUUUUCUCGGUCUCAUUGUACAUGCAAUAUGGAUAGAAACCUUGGUCGUUUAUGUUCAUAUAAGAUAUCCUAGUCUGUACAGGCACUGCUUUAUUGUGUGUCUUGUGAUCUUAUUGUACAUGUGAUAUGAACAAUGUGGUAUGUGCUAUGUUACUACACGGCCUGGAAUCUUGUGUUCUA